CAUGACGAGGUGCGGUGUGUGUGCAGCAUGAUAUGUUGUGUAACUCUCCCUACGAUUGGCUAAUUAUCAAAAGUGUCAAUGGCAAUGCGGCAGCCUACGUGACGAAGCAGAUUCCGAAACCCGAAGACAAGCAUUCCACAAUUUCAAGGUACUGUACAACGGAAAAGAGCAAGCGACUUCCAAGCUAUCAAGCCAUCAAGCGAUCAUGCCGAGAAAGAGGUAUUCUCUUUGAAGAUCUGGACUUUCCAGCUGGACCAAAGGCGUUAUACCAUCACAAAAAACCUUCUUUGAGUCCUAUAGUAUGGAUGAGACCACACGAAAUCUGUCAGCGACCACGGUUUGUCGUCGAGCGAUCUCCAGAAGACGCGUCCAGUUAUUCUGUGGAAUCUGGAGACCUAGGAGACCCCUGGUUGCUGGCUGCUGUCGCAUCCCUCUUGCUCACCCCAAAGUUCCUGGAGAGGGUAGUGCCUCCUGGGCAGGGCUUUGAUCCGACUCACUCCUAUUGCGGAGCCUUCAGGUUUCGCUUUUGGCAUUUCGGGGAAUGGAAGGAGGUGAUUGUAGAUGACAAACUGCCCACAUAUAAAGGAAGACUAGUACACUUGCACUGCUCAAACGGAACUGAAUUUUGGGCUUCUCUACUAGAAAAGGCUUACGCAAAGUUUUAUGGAUGUUACGAACAGCUGACUCAUGGUUCGACGACCAGAGCUCUGCAAGAUUUAACGGGAGGUAUCGUCCAGAGCUUUGGCUUGACCUACCAAGACCGAUUCCUUACUUUUCAGGUCUUGAACAGCGCAGUACCCAGAUCUAGUCUUCUGAUAGCUACCAUCACUCAGGAUAAAGAACAUUCGAAACACCCAGGCACCUCAUGCGCGGGCGGUUACGGCCACCAUCCCUCCAAGCAACGAUUGCGCCUGCGCAACGGCCUCCUAACUCGAUCCGCCUACAGCGUGACCGGCUUGGCGCGCGUGCGCGGCACUUCGGUGGCCAUCCACGAGGUCGCGCUGGUGCGGCUUAGAGCGCCAUCUAGCGGCGCGGGCGAAUGGACUGGGGCAUGGAGCGAACGAUCAUGGGAGUGGGACGGGCUAACGCCUGGAGACAGGGAGAUGCUAGCUGGAAGGUGUAAGGACAAGGGGGAGUUUUGGAUGUCUUUCGAUGACUUCUCUCGUCACUUCACGCAACUGGACCUUGUCCACAUAGGACCUGAUGACUGGAUGUUGGAAGGAGCCUUGAGGUCCAAACAACCUUGGAGAGCUGUCUUGGCCAGGAGAAGAUGGAGAGCGGGGUAUAACGCUGGAGGGGGACCUCAAUAUACAGAUACAACUGCAAUGAACCCGCAAUUCCACGUGCAAAUUCCACGUUCCGCAGGUGGUAAAUGCCACGUGGUUGUGUCUGUGACCCAGUAUUACGAAACUGCACCUGCUGAUGGCUGCAAAGGUAGACGUACCAGGCCACUGCAUGCCAUCGGAUUCGCUGUAUACGAAGUUGCACCAUCGCUGCCCAGGCUCAAUACACACAUAGUGCAAGAACAGAAACCUUUAGAUGUCACGAAUCACUCAGUAGCAAGGGAGGUGGUGACAUUUUUCACCUUACCUCCUGGAGAUUACAUAGUUGUACCUCAAACUAACAUACCAAAUCUAGAUGGCAAGUUUCUGCUUAGGAUUUUCACUGAUGAACAUAGUAACAUAUGGGAAGUCAAUGACGACAAUAUGAUAAUUAGGAAUAUAGCCCUGGAAUUUAUGGAGGAACAACAUUCUGUUGCUAGUGAUGGUAGAUCAAGCAUAACAAAGCUCCUGUCAAGAUAUCCGCGAGAGGUUGAUGCUAGUCAAUUCCAAAAAAUUCUCAAAGCGAACUGGAAACAGUAUUUGUUAGAAAAGCCAAGCUUAGAGCUUUGUAUGAGCCUCAUCAUGCUGAGGGACUAUAACAUAAGUGGUAGGGUCAACGUCAGUGAUAUUCCUUUGCUGUUACAUAUGCUUCAAUUUUGGAGGCUAGCCUUCCAAAAAUUCGAAAGAGGUCACAACAGCGCAAAAACAUCUAGCUACAAUUUGAGAUCGUUACUUUGGGAAGCAGGCUGUACCGUUAGCAAUAAAGUACUCGAAUGUUUAGUACUGAGAUUCGCCAAAAAUCGAGUACUGACAUCUGAAAACUAUGUGAUGUCGUUAGUUAGGCUAUAUUUAGCACAUGAGAGGUACCACAACCUCGACACAAAAAUGAAGAGCAAUCCGCUGUCACUGGAAGAGAUGAUAUUAAUGACGAUAUAUUCCUGAGAAGAAAUAUGGAAAAGCUUAAACAAACCAAAGACACGUAUUCACUACAAAUGGAUAUACCUGGAACUGUACAACUGAGAUUAUGCAUCUUCUUUUUUUGUAAAUACUGUUAGAAUAUGUAUAUACUAAUAUUUAUAAUCAAAUUAUUUAUUUCAACGAAUAACACAGCCUAAAGUAUUUUGUUUAACAAUAUGAGUCUGAUCUAUCUGAUCAACGAAGGUUAUUCAAUCUUGUCUUCUGAUCGGGCUAUGUAGAAAAGCGCACAUUUCUGAUUGUUGUUAAGAACUUCAUGUACUGUGAUGAAUAAAUAAACACUUGAAAUAA